AUGCCUACCUCAGUCAACGGUGCGUAUCGCUCUUUAUUGCGCGGUCAAUUCCGAUUGAUGCGCUUGGGCACAGAUCUUGAUAGCCCUGUUUCUGGGCAUUUGGAAGACACCGUACUGGCCAACGCCCCGCCAUAUUAUGCUGUAAGUCACGCUUGGUCUCCAGGUGUCUCUGUAAAGGCGAUACCGCAAAGCAACCAAAUACAGCUCUCCCAUGAUCUUGCGAUCUGUGUUCGACGCCUGCAGAUAUUCAGCGUUGAAAACAGUGGCCUUGACCCUCGGGUCACUCACAUAUGGAUCGAUAGCAUCUGUAUCAAUCAACAAGAUUUGCACGAGCGAUCACAACAAGUGGCCAUGAUGGGAAGGAUAUACAGUCAGUCUGUGAGAACUCUGAUAUGGCUUGGAGAGGCGCAAUUACCAUCAAUUCAUGUCGCAUGGAACCUGAUUGCCGAUAUCUAUACUGUUUUUCGAAAACAAAACCCACGAGCGAAAGCUCUGUCUGAGAUACCUGUCCGCACUUACGACAAAAGCGCACAUAUUGCAUCAGGCUUACCUCCAUUGAACGAUAGCCAAUGGGAGUACAUCAAGGUCUUGACGGAGCUGAGGUGGUUCACCAGAAUAUGGGUUGUUCAAGAAGUCGUUCUCUCGCAAGAAGAUCCAAUCAUCCUCCAUGGAGACUGCCACUACGCUUGGGAGUCUUUAGGCUGGGCGGUAGGAUGGUUGCGGAGAUCAGGGUAUCUACGACUUCCUCAGAUUCCCGAGCAGCUAAGAAAUGUCGACACGAUCUCUAAUCUUCGACGCGCCCAAACGCGCUGGCCCCUUGCCGCCUUGAUGUCAAUCACACAAGUCAAGUUUACCGCUCCCGCCCAGAGAGAUAAGGUCUAUGGCGUCUUGGGUCUAGCACUCGAGGGUGACGCCUCAGAAUUGCCAGAAGAGCUCAAACCAGACUACACUAUCGACACGGCGACUUUAUAUCAACGAGUAGCAAGGUUCUUGCUGAAAAGAAAGCAUUCCCUUGCUGUUCUCACUCGCGCUCGGGGUAUAGACGGGACGGAGACGAGGAACCGGCGUGUAAACGACCUGGCUCUCCCUUCUUGGUGCCCUGACUGGAGCGACUUCGCUUCAUACAAUGAAGGAAUCUCGACAAGCUUUGCGUACAUAGAAUACUCGAACAUUUUGAAGCCGGCAAGGCUCUGGUUUCCCAACCAGUACAGAGCCGCUGAUGGCUUAGAAUUAAGCCUCCAUAGCCCAGAAUCAGGUUUUGAGAACAGUUCGAUUCUACAACUUGAAGGCUUCAGGGUCGAUCAAGUGGCUCAUGUCCAUCGGUUCAACAUUGACUCAUCUCCUCAUGGGCAAACACCUGAUGAAUUUGACGCGAAAAUGGCACCAAUCAUAAAUUUGUCCUUGUCCUUCACUCCACUCAACGAUGCACUCACAUGGAUGGAACAGUUCAUCAGAACAACAACAGCCAGUCAGCAUUAUCUGUGUGGCAAAGGCAUGGGCCAAAGCAUCUCGGACGGUGCAUCGUGGCUAUACGGCUUUUUAAACCGUCGAGAGGAUACGGCAUGGCCGCUUCAUCAACAAACGAGCAAUGAUAUGGUGAAAUUGCAGAUUCAUGAGGCGUCAACAGAUGGUAUCGAAGAAGACUAUAUAGCUCUUCGACCAGAAUCCGGUAACUGCUCUAUUUCUGAGAGAACAUGUCACUAUGCACCGCCGCGGAAACUCAAAACUGGCACUUCUCCUUACGAAACAGAAUGUACGACAGAUUCUGCUUUCCCAGCAGCCAGUGUAUUUGAAGACUUACCAGUUUCCUCACCCCUGGACCUACAUGACAUUGAGUCCGAGGACAUCUCCACUCUUGGCCACUUGAAUCUGCUCUACCAUGUUCAAGAAAACAUGACAGAUUGGAUGAUGGUGACGGACCGGCUUCAGCCACUCGCCAGCGGCUGCAUGACCACGUCAUUAAAAACGCCUUAUCUAAUGAAUCAGCUUCUCGCUUUAUCUGCGAUGCACCUCAAGACUAUCGACAAACAAGCGGCCGGGUCUUAUAUAAACACCGCGGCACACCUCCGCCAUCAAGCUCUCCGUGGUUUCAAUAAGUGUCUUGGUGAUACUUCCAAAUCCAACUCAACAUCUCAAUUCUUCUUUGCCUCCCUCUUAGCACUACACUACCUCGCGGAGACUGUGGCAGGUUUACCGGACCAAGAUUUCGCUACGACUCUCAACUGCCUGGUGAAUUAUGUGAGACUCCAUCGUGGAGCUAGAGUCAUGGGGGAGAGAGCUAGCACCGGCUUUGUCAACUGCAAGAUAUCCCAGUGGCUGAUAGACGCAUCGAAAGAAGAGUUCUAUGACUCACAUGCUGCUUCAGCGGACUAUGCAGCACUGGUUUUAAUGCUCGAAACGUCUGAACUCAACCACGAAUCUAGAAAAGCGGGCGAGGAGGCGACUGAGGCUCUCGGGUUUGUGAUGCGUCGCAUUUAA